GACGCGAGGAGACGCUAUGUCCUGUACUCCGUGUACAGUGGGGAUAGACCAUGGCGUCUGUGCAGUGAUCGUGUACUGUCUCAAGGGGAAACUGUUUGAGCCACACUGUGGUAACAGGUCUUGCAUACGAAGAUGAACUGUUGAGACACGAUGGCGGAUUCGGAGCAGCAUGAAACUACAGAAGGGGACAGAGACUGUUCACAAACUGAUACAGUAGUGGAAGAGCAGUCUGAUGUCCCAAGUGUGUCCUCUGCUCUUGUCAGUGACGUGACCACACCAAAACAGGUUGUCGGCAGCAGUGGAGCCCAGGGAUCAGUGCCAGCCCCCAAAGAUGACUCUACAGUGCCCAAACAGGUUGAAGAUACUGGAGGAAGUAUACCCAGUCCCAUAUGUGGCACAGAUGACCAGACUCAAGCACUGCCAAGAGCAACGAACGUCUCCGCUAUUCCCCAAUCACCCAAGAGCAUUUACAUGGUUGGAUGCACAAAUAUUCAGCUUGAACUAGUCACAGGUUUGGGAGGAACGAACCAGCAGGCCAUAACAACACCCGAGUACAGACCAAACUGUGUUCUGACUGAAGGGGAACCGCUCAACAUUGUGCUUGUUGGUAAAACGGGUAAUGGAAAAAGUGCCACAGGAAAUACAAUUUUCGGGAAACAUCAACUUUUCAAGUCUUCACCUGGCACAAAAUCUCAGACAAAGACGUGCCAACUUGAACAUGGACUUGUAGCAGGACGAGAAAUAUAUCUGGUUGAUACACCCGGUAAUAUGGAUACAAGGCAUCCGAAAGAAUGCUUGCAGGCGAUUGGUUCUGCUAUUUAUAUGUGUCCAGAUGGGUAUGAUGCUGUACUACUCAUUCUAAGAUUUGGCAAUCGUAUGACAGAGGAAGAAAGAAAUGCUGUUCGUGAAAUACGAAAGCUCUUUGGGCAAGACAUAUUCUCCAAAUAUGUUGUGAUAGUGUUCACAUAUGGCGAUAAUUAUGACAGUGAAGAACCAUUUGGAGACUUUAUAUUUGAAGAUGCUGACGGUUUCUUACAGAAUCUGAUCACUGAAUGCAAACACCGGGUUGUACUGUUCAACAAUAGAUUCAAAUACGCUGAGGCUGAAUUGGAAUCGUUCCAUCAGGUGUCAAAACUUAUGGAAAUCAUUGACCAGCUCUGGAGAUGCAACAAUGGCAUAAAGUACAAUAAUGACUUUUUUAAAGAUGCCAAGGCGUUGCAUUUGGGAAUAGAGGAAACUGACAAGUCUUUGUGGGAGCAGUUGUAUAAAGAACAGGCAGAGCUUGAUGAACAAUUGCAGACUGACCAAAAAGCCAAGCUUAAGAAAGGAGAGACUGAGAACUUUAAUAAAAUGAAAGAGAUCAAAGAGCAACAGUUUUUAAAAGUUGAACACUUUGGGUGGAAGUUGAAUGAUAUCAUAAAGAAAGAACAAGAUGAAUCUGAAACAAAGUUGAGGGGUGUACUGUCGAUGCACAUUGAACAAUGGCAAAAGGCUUGGGUACAGGAAGUUGAAGAUAUUUGUGAAAACAAUGAACGAAAGUUUUCUGCAUUACUGGAGAAAGACCAAGAACUGAAGUUAGAACUGGACACAGACAAUGACAUGAGAACUUCAGAAGAAGAACUAACAGCAUUAUUUGCUUCAAGCGCUCACAGUGAUGGAAACUUGAAAGAAUGUUGGAACGAAUUCCGGGAGAAAGUAAAUGAAAAGAAGAAAUCCAGCAUGAUGAUGUGGGAAAGUAAGGUACACGAGGUGUUUGGCAAAAAGGUUAAAGGACUAAGGGGAUUUACAAAGAAUACAGUUUCAGAAUUAGAGAAUGAGUGGUUACAGGAUAUGGAACAGAGAAGUGCUGAACACCUUUUAGACACUGAUAAGCUCAUUUCUGAAAAGAAAGAAGGUGUCUUGGAGAGAGUGAAGGCCAUGUUUGAGGCCAAAACACACCUGGAUAACUGGAGGGACGAAAUGGAUACUGUCCAGGAUGGCGAGGAGCUACAAUGCAGAAACAGCAUUACUGAUAUUCUCUCUGAAAGAAAAGGACGAAUUGAAGAAAUGAUCAAUGAGAUACGUAAACGGAAUGAAGAAGAAUGGCAGAAAAAGCUUGAUGCUAUAUGGAGUGACAAGUACAAAGAAAUGCAAAAGUCAUUGGUUCAAGAGAAAUAUUACCGAGAAGAAAAGUGGAAGCUCGACACACAAAAAGAAAUUGGAUCAUAUUUGACUGAGAUACAGGCUAGGUUCAAGAGAGAAGUGAAGACUAGACAGAUUGAUGACAUAAUGACCCCGGUCCAACAGAAAAUGACAUGUGAUCGGGAGCUUCUACUUCAAAGGCUAUCAGACACAUUGACAAGCGGAAGCAAAACGUAUGAAGAAAAAUGGUAUGAAACCACUGGAAGCCAGACUCUUCUUUCAAUGAAUCUGAAGAGUGAGGAUCGAUUGCAGCAGUCUAUGAUGCAGAACACACUGGAACAAAGACACAUAUCCAUGAACAGAUGGAGAAAUACAGCAAGGACCACUACUGAGUGUCAGACAAGAAAAUUUAAACAAUGUUUGAAUAACAUAUACUGUGACUCCAACAGAAAGUGGACACAAGCGUUGAAAGAAACAUUAUUGACCCAAAGUCAGUCAUGGAAACAAAAACUGCGCCAGGUAAAUCAAGAAUAUGAUGAAGUUAUGAAGAGACAGAUUGAUGAAACGCUCAAAAAGAAACUUUUAAAGCGGAAUGAAUUGCUACAUGACUUCACUGAAUAUGAAGAACAAUGGAAAUCUAACCUUGAACAUAUCAGGUAUGAAUUUGAAACCAAAUGGAAAGAAAUGAUUAAACCACUUUCCAGAAAUGUUGAUUUCAGGAUCAGCGAAGGAGGAUAUAAUCAGGGUUAA